AUGGGGGCGGCCGCAUCGGCAGAGCUGGUAGAUGCGAUCGGCGCCGCGCCGGGAGGAAUGGCCGCUACGCAUGCUUCGAGGAAGGGCGGAAAUGCGCGGGCUUCCGCGAAGGUGCAGCCGGUGUGCGACGAGGGGGAGGACGAUGCGAUCGAGCGGAAAGCGCGGCAGCUGGAGCAGCUCAAAGACCGCGUGAACGCAGCCAUCGCGUCGGGUAGUCGUGUCAAGCAGCUAUUGGAGGACGAGGUGCGGCGCGAUCUGGGGCUGUCGGCGAUUCGUCUGCGGUUCACCGCGAACGGCGCGCUGGAGCAUUGUAGCUUGUUCUCGGAGCCCGGCGGCCGGCACGGCUGCAACCAGGACUCCAUGAUCGCGUGGGAGGAUUUUAACGUCCCGGAAAUCGCGGGUCGCGUGAAAGGCCGCAUGCCUCCUGGCGCCGCAUCUGACGUCAUCUUCUGUGCCGUAUUCGACGGUCAUGGGCCCAACGGCCACCUCGUUUCGCAGCGCGUGCGCGACUCGCUCCCGAGCCGCAUCGCGUCGCUUCUCGCGCCGCCGCCGGUAGCAACCGUGUCGCCAUACGGCCACCUCGACAAGAGCGCGCCGCUGAUGGCGCCUGCAAGCGACCAGCUCUUACAGCGGCUCGGAGUUAAUGGAGGCAGCAGCAAGAGCAAAGGCUCUUCGGGCAAAGUCCACCCUCUGGGAGUGGCUCCGGGGUACGGCGGUGGUGGCGACGGAGGGAGCGGAGGGUUCGGGAUGACAUUGCAGCGAUCGCGAUCUGCCAAUUCGCUGGAAAAUUCCGCGCCUCGGGGGUCCGUUUCACCGUAUCACUCAACCCCGUCGUCAGCAUCCUCUGCGGCGGCAGCGGCGGCGGCGGCGGUGGCCGAGGCGUCGAGGGAGGCGUCGAAGGCGCAGGUGGAGCGCGCGUUUCGGCGCGCGUUUCUGGAGAUGGACGACGAGCUGCGCAGCCACCCGCACGUGGACGGCCACGUCAGCGGCAGCACGGCUGUCGUCGCUGCCCUGCUGGAAGCCAUGUCAGCAGUACUUUCCGCCCCAACCCGUCAGACCGCCGCUCGGCAUCUCAUCGCUCAGGCUCGCAGCCUCUGGGCAGCAAGGCACCAAUCGGUCAGGCCUGACGAUUGCACAGCAGUCGUCCUUUUCCUCCCAGAGUUCGCCCCUUCAGGCCUCCUCUCGGGCUCUACCUUGCCGCACUCCGGCCCCCUCUCUUCCACCCCUUUCUCUGGCCCUCUCUCCUCUACGCCUUAUUCUGGUCCCUUGUCUUCCAUCCCUCAUUCUGCUCCGCUCUCUAGCUUCCAUUCCUCUGGCCCCCAAGGCAACGAGGAAGGGAACGAGGAGGCUUUUGAUGAUACGGCGAGCAUAGCGAGUAUAGGCACCGUGUGCACGGACGCAUCGUUUGGUACGGUGAUCUACUCAGAAGCAGAUUACAAGCCGAGCCGAAUGGGCUCAGCAGAAGGGGUGAGCAAUCCUCCUGUGGUGCUCACCCCUCCUAUGUGUGAGGACGGGUUUUACCGCGAUGAUACCAUCCGGGUGCCUGUGGAGAGGCAGGUGGAGAGGGGGACAGAGGGCGGGGAGAAGGAGAACAUGGGGAGUGGAGAUGGUGUGAGAUCUGUGCUGGGAAACACAGGCCACGGCAUGAGCAGCCAGGAUAGCAGCAGCGGUGGUGCCAGUGGCGGCGUUGGUCUCAGCAACAGUGACAGCAAGGCAGUGAACCAAGUCCACGCCAAGCAUGCCCUCGAAAAUCCUGGGAAACCACCUGGGAAAGCACCUGGGAAUCCACCUGUGACCAUCUCCAUCUGCUCUGCUGAUGGUCAGCUCCUGACACCUGAUGCUCGAGUCAUGGCACCUCCAAUGCGCUCUCGGAGUCUUACUGCGUUGUCUGAUUGCAUGGGUGGUGGCAUGGUUGGCACCGGAACCGCAUGUAUGGGUGCUGCCUCAAGGGAAGAUCUGGGAAGCGAGACAAGCAGCAGCUGCACCGGCGGGAACAGCUAUGGCUGCACGAGCACGAGGGUGGCGGAUCGCUACGUGAGCCUGGAGAGCGGGGCUGCUGUAGAGGCAGGGGACGGAGCAGAGGGUGGGGUGGAGAGUAAUCGGGGCAGCAAGUGGGGAGGCAUGUGGGAGAGCAAGUGGGAGAGCAGCAGUGCAGGGUGUGGUGCUGCUAUGCGGUAUGCAGUGGCACAGCUGGGUUUGGACAUGGUGUGGCACAAGUGCUGGCGCACAGAGCCAUGA